ACGCAUCUGCAUUAUGCCGGGCGGCAAACCCACUUUGGCCACAGUAGCUGGUCUUCCCCUGACGCACAUCCUUGGUGUCAUGCCACAGUUUGAUUACACAAGAUUGUAACUUAGCGCCGUCCACUCCCACAGAGACAUGACAAAAGAUCGGUCUCGCUUUUCAGGUAAUAGCUAGAGUCUACUGCUUGAGAACAACUAGAAUACUUCAAGUGAGUAAGCCACUGCAUCAUUUUAAUGAAGCGGUUUACGUAGCACAAUGAACCACAGGGGAAGACGCGCGAGCUCAGAGUAUUUGGAGUUCCAUGUCUUCUGUGUGCCUCUUGAGUUGUGGAAUCCAAAACUGAAUACAAUUUCAUCUGAAGUCAUCGAUAACUUUAUAUCCGCUGGGCUUAUUAGAGUUUAUCCAGAGAUAACACUGAAAGCUCUCAGAGAUGAUCUGGCUACCCUCCUUGGUGGGGACACCUUUCUGGACAGAUACUCUUUUCUGAAAUGCGUUGGGAGAAGUCUAGCACUGGUCAAGGCCAAGCAAGAAAGGGAACUGAAAGUCAAAGCCUUCUCCCCUCCUUAUGCUCCCCACCCCGAGCUUUACCUGCUGCCCAUCUACACAGACCCCAGUUGCAGCACACGGUCACCCUCGCACACCUCAGAGAUACACAGCUACAGCUCAAACCCUCAAGCCAGCUUUCGCUCCGAGCCUCUGUCAAUAAUAACAACUACUGAGGCAAAAGAGCCUGUUCGAUUUCCUGAAAUUAAACAGGCGUCUUCAAUCUCCAACAAGCCCCCAGUUUUGAGUCUGGAUGGCGGUCGAGAUGGUGGGGAUGGGGGUGAGGAUGAUGAUGAUGAUGACAGUUUCAUCUCCACAGAGGAAAAGGAAGAAGAAGAGGAGGAGGAUGUGUAUUCUUGCAUGUUAGGAUGGGGAGAAGACCACAGUCAGAAAGAUAACCGGCAUGGGCAGUUCCAAACCAAAAAGUGCCAAGUAGACAUCUCCACCAAGUUAAGUCCUGCCAGAAGGGCCAAUUCGGCAACAAAGAAGCAUUCAGUGAGAAGAAUCCAAAGUAAAGACUCCGGAGUGCCGGACUCUGUUGACCCAGUGGAUUCCAGCUCCAUCAGCCAAGACAGCCAUACUGUACACAGUAAAGACAGAGAUAACAAAACCAACAGAAUCAAGUCUCGAAAAGAGAGUUCCCCUGCUGUAGUCUCCUCCUAUACACUCCCUGCGAGGAAACCUGUCGCCGGAGUCUUCUCAACGAACAGGCAGGAACUGAUAGAGGAACUUCGGCUGGUGAGAGAAGAGAGAAAGCAGCUUGAACGAACCAGACAAGAGCUUCUGCGAAAAGGCAAAGACCUUCUGGCUUUAAACAGACACAGGAGGAACCAAGCUCGCGAUGGGUGGAAGCGAAAGUAUUUUGACACUAAGAAGGCCACAGCACCUCUUGAGGAAAAACUGAAAAAUGUCCGCCAGGAACUUGAGACUUUCUACAACAAACUUCUCCAACAGCUUCAUGCGCGAGAGCAGGGCAGAAAUAAACAGAGGCGCCUGGGAAAGGCCUCCAGCAUGAAGAAUGAUUUGAUAAUCCAGAUUAUGACGGAAAGCUAUGAAAUAGACGAUUUGAGAAGGAAGGUGGAUGACUGUAAAAUGAGGCUGGAAACAGAGCAUAAGCUAAGAGUACAAGCGGCCACUGAACUUCAGACACUGCGGGCGGAGUUAGCAUCCAAGAAAUCCCAACCUUCUGUUAUCAAGACAUCUGUGGAUGCACAGGCUUGUGCACAGCCAUAUACCAAACAUCCUGUGGUGAAGGAACAAACCUGAGCCCCCCACAUCAAGAAUGUCAUAACCGAAACUAAUUAACUUGCAUAUUUUGUUCUCAUUGAAACACUGUUGAGCAAACCAUGA